AUGGAGAAGGGUCGCUUCUCCGUGGAGUGGUUGGCGCAGAGCAGCCGCGACGGGGAUAACCGCACAGCUCAGGAGGAGUGCGGGGCGCGCGGCGGGACCGCUGCUGCCGGCCGUCGGGAGAACAACAUGCAGGAGCUCGAGCGGAGCUUCCGCGAGCAGCGCUACAUCGGCGCCAGCGAGAAGAGGCGGCUGGCUGCAGCUCUGGACCUCUCGCAGAGCCAGAUAAAAACCUGGUUUCAGAAUCGCCGCAUGAAAUUUAAACGUGAGACGCAGGAUGCCAGGGUGGAAGCCCUUGUCUCAGGCCUGUUCCUGCCCUAUCACUGUUACCCGGAUGCAGUGACACCCAGCUGUCUUCAUGGGGUGGAUAUCAGUGUUUCCUCUACCCCGAGUGCUCCCCUCCACCCAGCAGGGUUCAGCCCAUCCCUGCUGGUGCCCCCUGUUCCAGCACAGCUCCCACAGGCAGCUUUGCCAGGCACAGCUUUGCUGCUUCCCCCUGGCCCAGCACUGCCUGCGUACUCUGCUGUGAUCCCAGCUGUGACUUUAACCAACGACCACAACGGACUGAGAUUCCAGCCCUACCUACCUUCUUGUUAACAACGCCAAAGAUUAUCUGUAAUCUGCCAAAUAUCUAAAGAGUAAUUAUUUAUUUAGUUAUAUUAAAUAUAUGGAUGACUUAUUUUUUCAUCUUUUUUUCCCCCCUCAUGUUAACAAGAAACAACAACCUUGAGGUAUAAUACUGACAGUGGAAGUGGAAGACUUGAAACUUCUACAGCCUUCAGUUCAUUGCACUGAAACACUUUUACCAAAGUUUGUUUUCAGAAAGCAGCCUAUAAUCAUGUGGGGCUCUUUACUGAGUAAAGGGAGCAUUUAUUAUAUUUUCAUGCAUGCAGUAGCUACAUGAUGAACUAUAUGGAGGACAUAGUGAUAGCUGUACAUGACAAGGGACUUUUAAGAAAAGGCUUGUCAAUGACAUCAAGCAAGUUAAAAUGAAAAUUAUACAAUAGGUGUCAACCCUGUGGCCAAACACAAACUGCCUCAAUUGUAUUUCAUCUGUCUAUUUUGCACAGUCCCUAAAGUCACCUCCUCUUUACUUAGCUGCAUUUUAAAAGAGGAAGCUAAGGGAUUGUCAAUCAUAUUUCUGAUGCCAGUGCAAAAUUGAUUGUAAUUUAAAUCUACUGUUGAAAACACUCCAGUUGUUCCUAAGUUUUGUUCUAAUACACCACUCAAAACAUGAAAUAUUUGUUAGUUAUUACAUCUACGGCUUUAGCUGAACUUGGCAGAUUCAAUAACUUCAAGCUGCAGUACAGCAUUAGGCUUACAUGAGGUA